UGCCAUCAUCGUGCAUCUUUAGUUGCCGCUUUCCAUUCUUUUUGCCAUCCUUCAAGAGUAUAAGACAAUCGCUUCCAGUCCCUCAAGUCGAUCGUUUUGUUUCUUCUCUCCUCACGCCAGCGGCAGCAUUCUUCACGACAUCUUCAUAGAAGUCUUUCCUUCCUUUACAGGCCAAGCCUCAUUUUCAGUUUCUUCACUUUUUUACCAAUCGCCAGGAGCAUCAACUUUCCUUUGAGUUUAGACUCGCGAAGAAACAUCUUGAUCGAUCUCACUCUCUCAUUGUCACUGACAUCUCGCUCUGUUCACUCUCGCCAGAACAAAGCCCUUCAGACAUACAGACUCUUCAGUCGACCCAUAUCGAUCAUUCAAUUCAUUCCUGCACAAACUUUCUUUAGAGAUCUUAUCGGCUGGAACCAAUAAACGUCUCACCACUACAUAUCAAAAUGCAGUCGUCUAUGAUUUUCACCUUGGCCGGGCUCGCUGCCCUUGUCAACGGCCACAUGAAGAUGAAGAGCCCGGCUCCCUUCAACCCUUCGGCUCUUAACAACAGCCCUCUCGACGCCAGUGGUAGCGAUUUCCCUUGCAAGAUUAGCGGUAGCUACACUGCCACUGGUGGUACCACCAACUCCUAUGCUCUCGGAUCUAAGCAGACCCUCUCGUUCGUCGGCCAGGCCACCCACGGAGGUGGUUCAUGCCAGGUUUCGAUCACUUACGACACAACCCCUACGAAGAACAGCAAGUGGAAGGUUAUCCACUCCAUUGAAGGCGGCUGCCCUGCUAAGGGUGUCAGUGGCAACAUGGGUGAUAGCGCUAACGCCGACGACCCGUACACCUACCCGUACACCAUUCCCAGCAACAUCCCCGCUGGAAAGGCUACCAUCGCCUGGACCUGGUUCAACAAGGUCGGCAACCGUGAAAUGUACAUGAACUGUGGUGCUCUUGAGCUCACUGGUACCGGUGGUAGCCAGUCCAACUUCGACGCCCUCCCUGACAUGCUGGUGAUGAACAUUGCCGGCAAGCCCACCACCCUCGAGGGAUACGACUAUGCUUUUGCCAACCCCGGAAGCUCCGUUGAGGACAACACCUCGGCCGGCACUGUCGCUACUUGCGGUACCAGCGGUUGCACUGUUGGCAAGACCUCCAACUCCGGCUCCGGCUCCGGCUCUGGUUCCGGCUCUGGCUCAUCCGCUGGCACCAGCGCUGCCGCCCCUGCCACUAGCGCCGCUGCCCCUGCCUCAUCUGCUGGUUCCGGUGGCGUUUUCCUCACCAAAUCCCCCGAUGCUGCCACUCCUACCUCUGCCGCAGCCACCAGCCCCGCGACUUCUGCCGCCCAGGCUACCCCCACCGUAAGCACCGGUUCCGGUUCCAGCUCCGGCUCUGGCUCGAGCUCUGGAUCUGCCAUGAAGGGAGCUUGCAGCCCCGAAGGUACCUUCAACUGCAUGGGCUCGUCCUUCCAGCAGUGUGCCUCUGGCACAUGGUCCGUUGCCAUGCAAAUGGCAGCUGGCACCUCUUGCGCAGCCGGCCAGAGCACCACGCUCAAGAUUGCCGCCAUCGGCAAGCGCACGGCCCGCUCCUUCAAGGCCUAAGUUUAUGCCGCAUUCUCUUUUCAAUAGAGAAAGGGGACGCUGUUACGAUAGGACGGGGUCUUGAAAAUGGGGAUUUUCAUUAGGGGACGGUUGAA